AUGGCCAACAUCAACUGGCGGACCAUCAACAUUGACGCCCUCGACCCCGACAGCCCCGCCAACUUCGACCUGAGCUCUCUCACGCCCGCCGUCACCCCCAUUGAGACCGCCGACGUCCAGAACAAUGCACAGCAAAUACGGCAGCUGCUAAGAGGCGGAGACAACGAAGGGGCGCUGCAGGGUGCUCUUGAGAACCCUCCAUAUGGCGCCGACGACAAGGGCAAGGAAGUCCACCUCGCCGCCGUCAUCGAGAUUCUCCAAUCCAUACGGCAGUCGGACAUGUCACCAAUACUCAGCCGCCUAUACGGUGCCCCGGGUGGGACAGAGGCAUUGGACGUGUUGAUGAAGUACAUCUACAAGGGCAUGGCGCAGGCUUCACCGCCCUCGAAUACGCGCAACAUCACUCCACAAGCAACAGGCUUUUCACAAGUCCAUUCCCGCGGCGGAGGUGAGGGUGGCGGCCAGGCUAUGAGCGUGUUGCUCAGCUGGCACGAGAAGCUGGUCGAAAUCGCCGGCCCAGGCUCGGUCGUGAGGGUCAUGACAGACCGACGCACUGUCUAAGCAAGCGUUGCAACGACAGGCCUGCGAACGAAUCUAUUAGCGUACCAGAACAUCCAACAGUCACCAAGGCUCAUGGGCCACGGCCUCUGACGUGAGAACGUGAGCACAACACAACACAAUACACUACAACCUCAACC